UUGCUUUCCGGGAAAAAAUUUGCUCACCCUUUCCGCUCUUAACAGAGAAAACCAAAACAACAAUGGCAACUCUGUUUAGUUUUAACCUCCUAACCCCAAGGAUCGCAGCCAGCCUUCCGGAUUCCACCAAGGCUGCAUACCUUAACCAGAAGAACCAGUCAUGGAAAAGAAUAACCCCUUUGGGAUAUAGGCGGAUGCAGGCGAUUAUACCUGUGAGAGCUACCCCUGAUAGCAUAUCGGAGAAGGUGGAGAAGAGCAUCAAGGAAGCGCAAGAGGCGUGCUCCGAUGAUCCGGCGAGCGGAGAGUGCGUGGCGGCUUGGGACGAGGUGGAAGAGCUGAGUGCAGCAGCCAGCCACGCCAGGGACAGGAUGAAAGACAACGAUCCUCUGGAGAAUUACUGCAAAGACAACCCCGAGACUGAUGAGUGCAAAACUUACGACAAUUGAAAUGAAUGGGGCUUUUCUUAGUUUACGAUCUUUCUGCUUUAGACGACUGAAAUGAAUGAAUGGGGUGUUUACA